CCGGCCGCGAUGGUUCCGCGGGGGGCGGCGGCGGCGCGGGGGGAGCGCGGCCCCUUUAAGAGCGGCGCCGCCAUGAUCUGCCUGGUGCUGGGGCUCUUCGCCGGCCUCUUCCAAAGCGCCCUCGGCGGGAUCAAUGAACGCACCUUCGUGGCCAUCAAACCCGACGGGGUCCAGCGGCACCUGGUGGGGGAGAUCAUCCGGCGCUUCGAGAGGAAGGGGCUGCAGCUCGUGGGGAUGAAGCUGUUUCAGGCCUCAGAGGAGCUGCUGAGGGAGCACUAUGUGGCCCUGCGGGACCGACCCUUUUACGGCCGCCUGGUGAAGUACAUGAGCUCCGGGCCGGUGGUGGCCAUGGUGUGGCAGGGCCUGGACGUGGUGAGGACAGUUCGUGCCAUGAUCGGGGAGACGAACCCGGCUGAGUCCAGGCCUGGCACCAUCCGAGGGGACUUCUGUGUCGAAGUCAGCAAGAAUGUGAUCCAUGGCAGUGACUCAGUGGAGAGUGCCCAGCAGGAGAUCUCCCUGUGGUUCCGCCCCGAGGAGCUCAUGUGCUGGGAGGACUCGGCCCAGCACUGGAUCUACGAGUGAGGGAGGGACACCUUCCCGAGGGGACACAGGACAUUGCCAUCCGUUUCAUGGCUGGGGAUCCUGCUGUGGGAUUCCUGCUCUGCCUGUGAGGUCCUGGGAGCUGGGCUGUGUCUGGAACAAUGUGCUUCAGCUCCUGCCAAGAGUAACUGUUUCUUUUUUUC